CAUGUCAAUGAAGUAUCGACAAACCACGAAUACUGGAGUUAUCUUUUUAAAUUUAGAUAGAAAAAUUUAAAUGCAUUAUGACAGAAUCAGAAGUACCUUAUACAGUAAAAUAACGGGUUUGGAAGAUCGCCCAUUAUAAGUUUCCUUCUGGACAUUUGAAUGGAUUUAUCAAUACUAUAUCAAGCCCUGGCAAAAAACUACCUUGAUGUUGUGUCAGGUUGUAUAUCUUGACUCAGGUAAAGCUCGCCUUACUAGCGGGGCACGAUUAAUUCCUUUUAUUUUAAAUUAAGUAGCGCCAAUUGGCAAUUUAACUUGGCCUGAUACGGACUACCUGGAUUUUUUGUUUUCAUCUUUACUUCUGACACCUGGGCCAUAGGUAGGGAGAAGUGUCGGGAUACGCAGAAAACAGGUGGUACACCUAUGGAUAAAUGAUACGCACUUUUGGAGAUUGAGAUGACUGGCAGUGAGAUGAUUUUAUGGACAGUUUCCCUGGUGAUUGGGAUAUUAGUGACUCCCGGGGAAUGUGUCGGAAUAUCCCAGUCCGGAGUUUCGGUUCACCUAGGCCACAGAGACAGGAAAAUGAACGUGCAGUAUUUUAAUGACCUUAGAAGGGAUAUUGGCGCGGCGGACAUGAAUGCAUUGACUUGGGAUCUGUCGAUUGCUAAAGAGGCCCGGAGGUUGGGCAGAUCAUGUGAUUUCUCCAAACAUCCGGACACUGAGUAUCCCAGCGCCCUCUACAAACAGCUGUUUGACCCCACAGCUCGACCAGGGGAGAUAAUCAUGAACGCUAUUCGGUUUUGGGCCUCACAGAAAUCAAACUUUACCCGCUUUGGCUGGAAGUCUUGUGAGGAGAGGAAUACAUGUGAAUAUAUCAAGAUGAUUACUGCAAGCGCAGAGAAUGCAGCAUGUUCCCUUACUCGGUGUUCACACAUACGCAGACAGAGACAGGAUGAGGAAGCUAAUAUGUAUUUUGUAACCUGUUUAUUUUCGCCGGCAACAGACAUGGCAAAACCGCCAUUUUCUAAAGGCCGGAAGUGUUCCAGAUGCCCAGUGUAUUCAGGAUGUCGGCGAGGUUUAUGUUCUUCCCUUGGUAAGCGUUUCUCGAAUAAAAAGAAAUACCCAUCACCAGACAAGAACAGGGUCGUGUCAUUACCCGGGGCAAAGGAUGUCACGCCCAUCAAAGGUAGUCUGAUCCAAGGCCACCGCUAUCUAGACGCCGAGGGCAACAUCCGUAUCAGGACGAUCCCCAAAUACCUGGCCCAGACCGGGCGGGGACCGAGUUACAUCUACAGACCCCCCAGAACAAGGCUCCACAGUCAGCGACCGACGCGCCUCAAUGACCGGGAAUCCCAGGGGAGAGGGGCCGUCCGGGGAGUCCCCGCCCAGGGGGCUAGAGUCAAACGGCAGUCGGACAGGGAUAGCCGCUAUCAUCGGCUUCAGAGGCAGCGAGAGGAACAGCGCAGGCGCGAGGAGCAAGAAAGACUUCGGCGGGAAAGACAGAGGCGUCAGUGGGAGGCCCAGCAACUGCGUCAGCGGGCGGGAGAGACGCGUAGUGAGGCUGAGUACCAGCGACGCAUUCUGGAGGAGCAGCGACGGAGGAAUGAGGAGCUACGUCAGAGAGAGGAGCAGCGACGUCAGAGAGAGGAGGAGAUCAGACGAAGGGAAGAGGAGCGACGGCGGCGGGAAAGACAGCGUGGACGUUCCCAACAACAGGGUCCACAGAGACUAGAAAGUCCUAUGGGCUCCACAGACAAGUUUCAACUGACUCAGGUACACAACACUCUACGGGGGACACAGUUGGCAGAGCUGAGCUGGAGCAAUCACCUGGAGCGCUGGGCCCGCUAUGUUAUCCGCUGUGAGAUCGAGUACCCCGGUCCAAUCGACACCUUCACCAAUUUCGGCAAAGUAGACAGGACUAGCCGGGUGUACAAUAUCAUUUACGACUGGGGAGCGGAAGGAAGUGACGUAAAUCAGAGACAAAAUGUCGGUUGUCGUACUCCUGACGACCGAGAAAAAUGUAACCAUAACAGCAUUAUCCGAAAUCCUUUUAUCCGUAAUUUUGCUUGUGCAUCUCUGGACUGUGGUAGUAAAACGCAGCUGACGUGUAUAUACAAAUAAUGAAUGCUCCCCGGGGAGACUUCAGUGAAGAGAAAUAAUCCUAAAGAGGAGAUCCCGUGUGUGGCCAGAGCUAUGUAUGAAGCAGUGAUGAAAUGUAACAUUUACUUGAUAUUAUUCCCAAAAUGUUGUGAUAUUAGACUGUAGACAUUCUUACCAGCUUGCACGUGUGUUUGUAUAACUCAGGCUUAUGUAGGCUCCGACUGGUACACGUGUUUUUGACUUUGUAGGAUCAGGAUACUGGUAGUAGAUCUAAACUCAAAUACUAGUAAAGAUUCAACCAAUACCUAAAAUAACUGAUAAUAAUUGACAAACUAACUAUUAUGCUAUGUUUCGCUAGAAAAGGGUAAACAAUCAUGUGCACGUACAAUUAGAAAUAUUUUCAUGCGCGGAUGCAGAAAAUUUUUCCACAGGGGUCCGAAGGAUAAGGCGUAUUUGCGAUAAUUUUACUACAUAAAUUAAUUACUAUUUUCCAGGCCCCCCGACCCCCCCAAAGAUCCGCGCAUGACUUUACAGGCCUGUUAUUAAUUUUCGACAACUUUCGGAAUCUGUUAAUUUACGCCAAAACACUUUAAUACGAGUAGGUAUAGAGGCAUUGCACUCCAAAAUUGCAACACCUAUAACGUCCACUAGAAUUUGGUUUUCAGCAUCAACAGUUUCCUGUCCUUCGUUGAUGGGACAGCUGAAGUGGGCGAUUGUAGGCCCACAAAGAUGAAUUAACCUUUUCCCUGCACCAUUACCCUCAGUCUGAAGUCGAAAGGACGACCUUAUAUUUUCUCAUUAUUUUAAGCUUUGUUUGCUACCAUUUCCUCUAAAGCUCUGACCAUAUGUCAUGCAUAAACAAGCUCGCUUAUUUCCUAGCACAAUAAUGAUAUAUAUGUAAGAGAUAUGGCGAGAUAGCUGACAACUAUAAUCAAAACUAUAUUUGUAGGUCAUUGAGAAUAGUUUUAUGCAAAACAGUUAUAUUUUUAGCAAAACCUGACGGGGCACUGAAUACAGAGUCCUUUCCAGAUCCACUUUCAUCAUUAGAUUAGCUUGGAUAAAUUAUAUAUUGUGUACAAUUUAUUGUAUUAAAGAAGUGACUUAUAUUGAUGCUCUUAUCUAUUUACCUACUGCCUUGAUAAUGGUCCGAAUAUAAUACCUUACUACAGUACUGCAAGGUUUUUUUUAUAUAUUUAUGUGUAUGGAGUAUUAAGUAUUUGAAAUCUCUCAUUAAGGAAUUUCUUUCUAAUAAUUGUAUACUUGUAUGUCCUCUGGACCCAAAAUUGGAAAUGAAUUAUCUUUGUCUUUAUAAUAUAGGGGCGAUAAAGAUGUUUUAUAUUUCUGCUAUGUUGCAGCAUAAUUAAGGAUAUCCGACCGGAACCAUUCGCAACUUCUCUGGCUCUUUCAUGAUCGAAGUCGUAUGGAAAUGACGUACAUAGGCAACAGUAGAAAAUCAUUUUAUUUAAUUUAAAGAAUAAGAAACCAUUCUUUUAGUAUUAUGAGGUAAUAAUUUCGGUCGGGCGUGGUCAAAUCCAAUAAAGCCCAAAAGGCUUUAUGAUAGAUUUGACCACGCCCCAAACAAAACUACCACCUCAUAAUAUUCAAAGAAUGAAUUCUUAUUACUUAUAUUAUUUCCAAUAUUUACAAUUUACACUAUUUUUUUCAUGUAGCACAUGCUAUGUAUUACUACGCGAUGCAGACAAUAUAACGUGUCUCGGUUAUGCUAUAAGACACGCAAAUUUUAUGUCGCUAAUCUUUUAUGAAAUUCUUGGGUUAUAGGCUUCAAAAUUGACAAAGACAAUUGUAAAUGUAAAGACAAGGGGAUAUGGCGAAGCCUUAACAUACGACACGCAUUUUUUAAACUCUGCAAUAGGAACCAAACCAUUUCGUGCCGAGCGUGGACAUUACGUCAGUUUAGAACUGUCUAGUAAGAACGAUUGUCUAUAAUAAAUAACAACGCUUCCCAUGUCAAACAUUGUUUAUUAGCAAUAAACGAAUAAAAAAAACAAUAAAGCUUAAAUGAUCCAUGUGAUCAUCAUGGAGUUAUCAAUUACAAUAAUCACGGGGUUUUACGGUACAUCAUACAAUAUUUACUCUGAUUGGGUAUAUAUACUGGCAUUUACCAAACAGAGGGUUAAAACAACCCAAGGUCAAAUCAAAAUAAACUGAAUAACUGUUGUUAUAAAAGACUACUGGUAUCACAUUAUGUAUGGAGAUACAGAACUUGCUUAAGUAACACCAUAAUAUUAUAUAUAGAGUACUGGAGAACUUUUCAUUUCUGAAACAGGUCUUCCAAUUUGCUAAAUCCAAGUUUUAACUGUAGAUUUGAAGAUUACAAAAUAAACAGGGUCCGGUUUGACAACUCAAACCCAACAAAGAACAAAGGAGACAAUUAAAACUACAUGUAUUCGUUUGUUUCACUUACACAAUGGUCCUAUAGUUUGUUUGUAAUCCAGAAAUGCCAUUUUGGAUAUUUUGGCAACCUUCGGUUUUAGAAUGUUUUAUGUAAUAGUUGAAAUGAGCUCCCGUAAUCAGACAACAAAUAACAAGCAAUGGUUUAAAUGUAAAUCACGGAUUCGGAAUGUUAGAAGACUUCCUGCAAUUGACACCCCGAGAAAACCCAUUGUCAACCGACGCGAAGCGGUGGAUGACAAUGCUUUUCGAGGGAUGUCAAAUUCAAUUGUAACACCCCCCCCC